CUGUAGUGGAGCCCGGUAGUGGACUGAAGUUUACCAUCUCAUAACUGAGCAGUCAUGAGGGAUGGGGAUAUUUCAAAUAAUAAUGCACCGAUCCCAAGUAACCAAAUCACAAAGGAGAAGAUGAUCGUUUUGCCGUAGUCUAGACUACUUGGGCUGCUCAAACAAUAAUUUGAGCUCAGUUGACAAAGUUUAGUCGAUUUCAGGAGACGUCAACUGUUCUCAUUGAAAAUGAAAGCUCUUUUGGACAUUUGAACAUUUCAAAGAUAUUGGUUUGACGCGCGAGCCACUGGAAAUAUCCUACUUGUUGCAUGAAAAGAUCUCGUGGACAGAAGAAUGCAUCUAGGUAAAGAAUCUAUCACAAUGAUUUCGAACUGGCUGCAUGUCAGAGCGUGUUACUGUUGUUUUGAUUAGCCAACACAAAGUGCGUUCACUGAGAGCAGGAUAAAUGUUUACCAUUGUGCGUAAAGACCUUUUUGGUAAUCAAGAGAGACUCCGACCUAUUUCAGGCUAUUUAGGCCAUAUAGUUAACACAACUGUAAUCACUACCAGCCGUUAAAAGUGACCCACCCCAAGACAGAUGUGCAAUUAUUUGUCUGCUGCUGGCAAGUAUCACACUUCGCGCGUAGGUUUUUAUUAAAUGGCUCGGAUAGACGGGCGCCCAUUUCAAACUUACUUUGCGGCUUUUUUCAUUCAGUAAAAUACACGGCUUUUACUUUCCUGCGAAUUUUGCACCACAUUAACAUGUCGGAGCGGGACUGUUAUGGAGACGGCGUGUGCGGGGAUGGAGCCCCUGAGUUUCUACCCGCGAGGGCAUCCCGUGCAGGAAGACGAAGCGGCGUCAUCCUACCGACCACCGAGCGAUCGAGUCCGGACACUGAGAGCGUGCUUUUGGAGGCAGUGAAGGCAGCUCCACGAAGAAGCAGCAUUAUCAAGGACCCGUCUAUGGUGAAGGUGGGCGGUGGGAGGAAGAAAACGGUCUCCUUCAGCAGCAUGCCGUCGGAGAAGAAGGUGAGCAGCGCGGCCGACUGCCUGGCCUUCAUGCAGGGAGGCUGCGAGCUGAAGAAGGUGCGUCCCAACUCGCGCAUCUACUGCCGCUUCUACACGCUGGACGGCGACCUGUCUUGCCUGCGCUGGGAGCCCUCCAAGAAGGACAGCGACCGCGCACGCCUGGAGAUCGGCGCCAUCCGCGAGGUGCGCAUCGGCAAAAGCACCGAGACCUUCCUGCACAACGGGCCCGGCUCGGAUGGCCUGGCCGAGGAGGCCGCCUUCUCCAUCAUCCACGGCGAGGAGUACCAGUCGCUGGACCUUGUGGCGCUCUCGGCCGACGUGGCCAACAUCUGGGUGACCGGCCUGCGCUACCUGCUCUCCCUGGGAUCCGGAGGCGAGGGUGGCAGCGUGGGAGAGAGCAGCCCGGGCAGCAAGAUGCGACGCGACUGGCUGGCGUCCGAGUUCAGCCAUGGCGAUGAGGACGGCUAUGGCAUCGUGUCCGAGGAUACGGCGGUUGCCACCAUCUGUAAGCUCUGCCCCGGCAUUAAGGAGACCAAGGUGCGUCAGCGGUUCAAGGAGAUCCAGCGAAGCAAGGAGAAGCUGACCUCCCAUGUGACCCUAGAGGAGUUCCAGGAGGCUUACUGUGAGCUCUGCACGCGCCCCGACGUCUAUUUCCUGAUGGUGCAGCUCUCCAAGGACCAGGAGUGCCUGGACACUCAGGAUCUGCGCCUCUUCCUGGAGACAGAGCAGGGCCUGUCCCUGGCCACUGCUGAAGGCUGCCUGGAGCUGAUCCGCCGCUUCGAGCCGUCGGCGCAGGGCCGAGAGCGCAGCGUGCUGGGACUGGACGGCUUCACCCGUUACCUGCAGUCGGCCGAGUGCCAGCUGCUGGACCCCGAGCACCAGCAGGUGUGCCAGGACAUGACGCUGCCGCUGUCCCACUACUACAUCAGUGCCUCGUACCGGUCCUACCUGCUGGACGACCAGGUGCACGGGCGAGCAGACCUCGGGGGGCUGACGCGGGCCCUGCAGGCCGGCUGCCGCUGCCUGGAGCUUGGGGUGACUGACGGGCCUGAGGGGGAGCCUCUGCUGGGGGUUGACCACGGCGCGGAAACCAAGCACCACCACCACCAUCACCACCAUCACCACCACCACCACCACCACCCCCCAGUCACUCUGCGCAGCGCCCUGGAGGUGGUCAACAAGUACGCCUUCCUCACCUCGCAGUUCCCCUUGCUGCUCUACCUGUGCCAGCGCUGCUCCCCGACCCAGCAGCGCACGCUGGCCCAGCACCUGCGCAAGGUCUUUGGCCCUCGCCUCUACAUGCCCGAGGCCCUGCCGGUCAGCCUGACGCCGGGCACCCGCGCCACCAGCCUGCCCUCGCCCGAGCAGCUCAAGGGCCGCGUCCUGCUGGUGGGCAAGAAGCUGCCACCUGAGGAGGAAGGCUCCGAGGGCGAGGUGUCCGAGGAGGACGAGGAGAUCGGCGGCGGGGGCCCGCUCGCCGGACGCAGGAUGACCAUCCCCGGCGAGGAGGAGCUGGGCGUGGUGCUGGUCGUGCCGCCGCCUCCCCAGCCUCGGCGGCUGCGCCUGCGCCGCGAGCUCUCCGACCUGGUCUCCGUGGCGCGCACCGGCAGCCGCAGCUUCUACGCUCACCGCACUAGCGCCCAGAAGCUGAGCCACCCACACUCGCCCAGCAGCAGCGCCCCGACCACGCCCAGCACCCCCUUCCCCCCGGAGCCGCCCUACUGGACGCUGUGCUCGCUGGGGGAGGGCGAGGCCGGCCGGCUGGCCACCGAAAGCCCCGAGGACCUGGUCAGCUUCACCAAGCACACACUGACCCGCGUGCGGCCCAGCUCGGUGCGCCUGGACUCCAGCAACCCCAACCCGCAGGGCUACUGGAAGUGCGGCGUCCAGCUCAUGGCGCUCAACCAGCAGACUUCGGGCGCCAUGCUGGACCUGCACCGCGGACGCUUCAUCCAGAACGGCGGCUGCGGCUUCGUGCUGCGGCCAGCCAUCAUGCGCGAUGAGGUGUCCUACUUCAGUGUGCACACGCAGGGCUGCGUGCCCGGGGUGCCCCCGCAGACGCUCCGGGUCAAGGUCAUCAGCGCCCAGAACCUGCCCAAGCCCCAGGGCUCGGGCGCCAAAGGGGAGGUCAUCGACCCGUACGUGGUGCUGGAGCUGCACGGAGUCCCGGCGGACUGCGCUGAGCAGAGGACUCGGACAGCGCCGCAGAACCAGGACCCGUUGUUUGACGAGACCUUUGAGUUCCAGGUCAACAUGCCCGAGCUGGCACUCCUGCGCUUCGUGGUGCUGGACGACGACUACAUCGGCGACGACUUCAUCGGUCAGUACAGCGUGCCCUUCGAGUGCCUGCAGCCGGGCUACCGCGCCGUGCCUCUGCUGGACCUGGCGGGCGAGCCGCUGCCCCACGCCGCCCUCUUUGUGCACGUGGCCGUGACCAACCGCCGCGGCGGGGGCAAGGCGCAACGACGGGGCAUCUCGGUCCGGCGGGGGGUGCGGCGCGGCCGCGAGUACGUCAGUCUGCGCCACACCGGCAUUAAGGUGCUGGAGGAGACCUUCAAGCCAGCCGCCGCACCCAUCAAGGAGGCCACCGACCUGCGCGAGGACGCCAUGAGUGCAACGGUGGCUUUCAAAGAGCAGUGUGGGCUCCCCCCGGUGGCCAAGCUGAAGCAGUGCAUGCAGAGUCUGGCCAUGCGGCUGCAAGGCUCCGACGGCCCGCCCGGGGCCCUGCUGCUCCUGAAGGACGGCUACCCCUGCCUGGAGCCGCUGGGCAGCCUCACCGACGCCACGCGCAAGCUGCUAAGUGCCUACGACGUGAUGAUAUCAGCCAACAGACAACUGAUAGAAAACUCAGAUGGCGUACAGGAGAGGAUUGCACAUGUGCAAAGAGAAGGCAUGGUGCUGCAUGAGGACCUGUCCAAGCUGGGGGAGAAGGAAGCACUGAAGGGCCGCAAGCAGAGCAAAGCUGUGGAGGCCUUCACCUGGAACAUCACAGUGCUCAAGGGGCAGUGUGACCUGCUCCGCAGCGCUAAGGUGGAGGCGUUGGAUGCUCUGCGGCAGGUGACCCUGGCCUGCGAGGCCUGCGGGAUGACUGCCACGACCACUGACCUGCACUACACGCCCCCCACCAACCUCUCCAGGCGAGGCAGCACCUUCGGCAACGGCCGCAUCUGAGAAAACCCCACACACACCCACACACCCCACUCCCCACACCCACACACCCCACUCCCCACACACACCCACACACCCCACA